CCUCAGUUCAUCACAAACCAUCUAAUUAAUAUUUGCUUACAAGUAUAAUCAAUUUUGAGUGACUUACUUAACAUGGCUUCCAUGCAUGUACAACUAGUCAUGCUGUUGCUUCUAGCAGCUACAUUGUUGGUAGUCACCGAUGCCAACAGAAACUUCCCCAAAGGGCCACAAAACUGGAAUUCUGGCUUCAACUAUUCCUCUGGUUGGCCCUGGAAUAGCCCAAAUGUUCCACCCAAGUACACCAGUCCUCCUGGCUUCAAUUUCACAGCCGGUUGGCCAUGGAAUUCACCAAACAUCCCGCGAAACUACAGCAGUCCGCCUGGCUUCAAUUUCACAGGUGGCUGGCCUUGGAGACGCCCAAAUGUUCCUAAGUCAAGGAGAGUUGUCGUUGGCGAUGACCAGAAAUGGCACUAUGGUUUUAACUACUCUGACUGGGCUAUCAAAAACGGCCCCUUCUAUCUCAAUGACACUUUAGUGUUCAAGUAUGAUCCACCAAGCAAUACUACAUUUCCUCAUAGCGUGUAUCAGCUAAAGAAUUAUCGGAGUUUCGUGAACUGCGACCUGCGAAGUGCAAAAAGGCUGGCAUCAGUGACACAAGGCGGAGGCAAUGGAUUUGAGUUGGUGCUGAAGAAUUGGAAGCCCUACUACUUUGCUUGCGGCGAGCACGAUGGUAUUCAUUGCAGAGAUGGCCUCAUGAAAUUCUCUGUCAUUCCGCUUAUUCGUUGGGGUUACUAAACAUAACCGACACAACGUCGAUUUCUUUAAACAUUUUUAGUAUUCUGUCGAAACAAUAAUGAACGUGUUUUUAGUUGAAGUUUGUAGUACUCCCCUUCAUGUAUUUGCAAGUGUUUAAUAUGUCUCUGGCAUAAUUAGCACCUUUUGUGGUCCUUGGCCGAUAUAAAUUUUAUUAAAGUCAA